AUUACAAGAUUCGCUCCCGCCGCGACCGCACGUACAAUAGCUGUCACCAGUCGACCUCUUUUGUCGUGCGAAGUGCGAACUUAACUUGUUUACAUCGGCUAGUCGGAGCGAUGCAUGGUGCGUUUCGCGCGGUUGUGUCAUUGGCCUCAGCCGAUUAUCGCUAAAUUACGUGUGAAUUACGGACAAUGCUCUGAGAGUUGCGUCAAAACUUUUUGUGUGAACUUUGCGAGCUCAGACCGUGAUCUCUUAGCGCCAAAUUUUGAACUAUUCCUGUGCCAUCGAUAGAGUGAGAAAGUGAACUUUUUGAAGAUUUUUUCUACAGAACUUUUACACAAAAUAUUGUCGUUUGUAAUUUGAGGCAAUAAACAUUAUAAAGUGACUCAAAAACUUUUUUCGCAAAUCAUCAAAAUUUGCUGUAAAUUUUCGAAGUGAGUUCUUCUUCAAGAAAACAGAUCUGCUGAUUCAUGCGAAUAUUAACCAGAUCGUGAAUCUGAGAUCCAAGCGGGACACAUAUCAUUUAUGCAUACAAAACAAACGGCGAUCUAUCCACGAUUCCUCCGUAGAAAAAGACACAACGCCCGACAAAGAUGGCUAUAGCGUUCAACCUGCCGAGUGAGAGAGAGGCGACAGAGGAGAACUUCUCUAGACUAAACAGGCUUCUGGCUGAGCUUUACGAGGUUCUGUGCCACAUUCUGGUGUCUCGACAGCCCGGGCAAGAAACUCUGGCCCAGGACACGCGUCGAGAUGCUGUCCGACCUUAUCACUCCGAGUCCGACAUCGACCGUCCAGCCAUUGAGCCCCAAUGCCGUCUCUCUGCCUCAUCCCCACCACUCUCCCUGACCUUCGACGACCUGGAGGACGACGUAUUCAUCAGUCCCCGGACAGAUAACGGCAACGAUCUCUUCGCCACUAGAAAUGUCGAAAUAUUCGGAUACGGGAGUCCAAGGACGCCUGCAGGGGUGCUGUUGAGUCCACGAAGGGACAGGACGUUCACGUUUCCUGACACGAGCGAAAAGCACUGGAGGGAUAAAGGAGGGACGGAUAUGGCUGACGGUGUGGGAGACACUGAUGUGACUGACGCAGUGUCACCUGAAGAAUCGUCACCGGACAACUCGUCCGACAGCUCGUUAUUCUCGUCCAUACUGCCGGACAAGCUGUCUGCCGGCUCGAUCUGCACAGCAGUGCUCCUAAUGCUUGGUUGGAAGUUUUUAAGUAAACGAUGAAGUCACAAACCGCGAGAUUUGCACCGCCAUCUAGCGUGCAAUGAGUAGUGCCAACUACUCCUGUGUCACGCUUGUUAAUUUUAUAUACAUUUUAUGUCUAUCGGUUAUUUUAUAAAUAGCCUUAUUACUAUGAUAGACGCAUAAACAGUUGUUGUAUAAACUGUAUUUGUAUAUUAAACUUACGCACUUUUUGACAUGUUUUUGUACAUGAAUAUUCUGAACUUGUUACAUACUUUUUGUAGAUUUGGACUAAUUAUUCUCCUUAUGUAUUGAGAUUAUUUAUAAAGAUUGAACGGCAAUGCGGGAAAAUAAUUAACUAGAACUUUGAGGGAAAGUGAGGCAUUCGAAAAGUGAAUUUCAUAAUAAGUAACUUACUCAAUAUUGUUAUUUUUUAUAAAUUGUAGUGCAAAAAUAAAACGUAUUAAAACUAAAUAAAUUAUUCACUUGUCAAUUUUACAUUCCGCUUUUGGUGUUGAAGUAUAAUCCAUAGUUAUUAUCUGAACUGAGCACGUAGGAAUACUUAUCUCUAUUUAUCUUAGUUACUAUUUAGAAAUUUCUUCGAAGGGUGGACCACAUAUGUUCUAUAUUAUACAAAAAUAGAUUUUAUUUUAGUAUGAAAAUAAAGUCCGUUUUCCCAGAAAUUGUUCCAAAGAGAGCAGCCUAAAAAUUAUCAUCGAUUGAUCUCAUUUUAUUAUUUUUGUAAUAAAAAUGUUUAUUUUAGAAUAGCGCUAGCGUAUUUAUAUGUAAAGAGGGAGUGGAGAGUGCCAAGUUAUGUAAAAUGAAAAUUUUAUCAGAGAAGGUCUAUUUUAAUAAUAUUUCUUGUAUAAAAGUUAAUUUUAGAUGAUUAAUAUGCCUACAUUUCUGUUAAACUCGAAACUUGAAAUUAAUUAUUCUAUGCCCUAAAUUUAUCGUCUGAGUAAAUCAUUUAUUGAAUUAAUUUGGAGCUGUUAUAAUUAAUCAAUGGAGUGUUAAAGAAAUGAAAGGGUCUUGUACGAUAAUUAUGUAGUUCAUAUUCGACUUUAGUUCGUAAUUACCUUAGUAUUAUGCUAGAUUUUUAUUCGUUGUAUCCAUGAUGUAUAAAGCGUUUUGUUUUCAUAGUUAGAAUCGUCAAUUACUUUGAAUUUACAAAAAUGCAAAAAGUUCAUCUAAACUGAAUGUAAAGAUAAUACAGUUGCAUAAUAGAAACUCAGUUUAACUGUCUUUUUAGUGACGAAAAUGGGAACAAAACGUUUCGGGAACAAAAAUUCUGUCAUCAAACUCAUCUUAUUCAUUUUAAGCAAUUUCAUUUUAGUAAUUACAAAAUGGAAGGAUGUGUUCAAAUGUGAUAUGUAAUUUAUUUAAGGAGAUGAUUAAAUAAAAGAAGUUUUCCUAAUGAUCUCUCGAAAACUCUUAUUGCAAAUAUUUUUUUGCUAAUUUGUGCUAAAUAAUAAUUAAAUUAAUAUAACAAUAAUUCACAUUGUUGUAAAUUACUUUUGUAAUUUAUUAAUUAGCACAAAUAGUGCAUUAAACCGACAUUAUGCAUAUAAGAGUUUUGUACAUAAAUUAAAUUGGUAUGCUUAUUGCUCUUUUAUAAUAAUAAAAUGUUGUAGAGGACAAAUCCUAAAUUUCUAUAAAUGCUUCUCAAUGCGAAUAAAAUAGAAGACGCAGAAAUUUGCAAAUAUAUACCAUAUAAACGACUAAAAUUACUGCGUUGAAUUGCUAUACUCGUACUUAAAAAUCAUGAUAAUAAAGCUAAGCCGUAAAACAACUUUGCUCAAUUACUUAAAUGGUCAGUUGUUGUAAUUACUUAUAUUACACAUAAUGAUGAUUUCAGGAGAACUGGCAAGAAUGGUUCGGAUGAUCGAAUGAUAAUAAUAUAUCUAGGUAUGUGCGUAAAUAAAUAAAUAAAUAAAUGUGCGCAUAAAAGAAGGUGACAUAAAGGUUCAUCAGGUAUAUCGUGUAUUUAGACAAUUCUGUCGUAUAGUUAACCGCUCAAAUGCAAUGUAAAAAAAAAAACUACGUUAAAAAUUCGAUGACAAAUUGUUGUGAUACUUAAAUUAUUUCAUUAUAGACUCACUGUCCCUACAUUCUUUUUUUCUGAACCAAUAUUAGACGAAACCAUUUUAAAAAUUAGAGAAAAAAAAGCUUUAAAAUAUAAACAAUGUCAGGAGAUCAGUAGAGAAACCUAAUCAGUGGCGUUCUAACAAGAAUUUUAUCAGUCAGUAAUACGAGUAUUUUAGUUCGUAAAUUAACUUGCAUUGUGCAUUAUAUUUUAAAAAAACCGAGGUAUGUAGUGGUAUGGCAGGAUCACAGCAAGUGGAAAUCCGUGGUCUCUGCCUACCCCUCCGAAAAAUAGGCGUGAUUAUAUAUAUGAUUUCGUUCGUACACUGACGUAACGCCUUGAACUGCAAAACAGCAAAAUAGCUAUAUUUCAUAUCCUUUUCUGUAAUUUUCACGGUUGUGGUAACAAUGUGAAAACAGUACCCCUAGUGUAACUAAAUUCGAUUUUGAAACGUGACGUACGCGUUUGCGUUUAGUCUCAUUUUGUAUGGGUUUUUGAACAGCGCGCCAAGCGGGACGUUUUGGAAAGUCAAAAAUCUCAUACAAAAUGACACUUAACGCAAACGCGUUCGUCACGUUACGAUGUCGAUCAAAGUUACACUAGGGGUACAGGUUAGUUAACAAAAUAUUAGGAGGCGCCUGUAUAAGAAUGUCACUCACACAUUAAAGUACAGCUACCACGAGCUUGUCACUGACCUGACACUGACAUAUUCGCUAACGUAACGUCUGCGUAACUUACUUUGUAUACAUCUCGCUCGCAGUAAUAUCCACUCACAUGCUUUUGGUAACUGUAGUUACCAGCUGUCACUCUUAUUUUCUUAUAAUAAUAGAAGUCACUGAAAAAUAUCAAGCACGUGAGUGUAUAAGCCAGUACGAGCGAGAUGGAUAGAAAGUAAGUUACGCAUUCCUAGCGAAUGUGUCAGAGUCAUGACAGUGACAAGCUCGUGGUAAGGCGUGUCAUAGUAGGCCGUGUCAUUCACGACGACGCGUGCCUUGACUCGUAAUGACAUGUUAUUAAAGGUUAGAUUUGAUAAAUCUGCGCGUCAUCGUGAAUGACACAAGCUAUAUAUGACACGUUCAAUUCAUUCUUGCCAGCUCUUCUGAAUUUAUACCUUUACUGGCCAGUAUUGAAAGAACUAUAAUAUUUCUUAGUGCAUAAUAGUCAAUUUUAAUUUUACACUUAAACUUUUAUAUAUACACUGCCAUGAAUAGCAAUGAAAUAUAAUUAAUAUUUCUUGCUUGUUAUCUAUAUCAUUGAUGAUUAUAAUUUUGAACCAGCCACGUAUUGUAUAUAGCCUAAUAGUUUAAUUUAUUGAAUUCAAAUGGUGAAUUCGAACAAAAAUACUCAAAUACCAAAUGCGUCUUCUAUAUUAGUACCGGCUUACUGCUUUACACGAUUAAUAAGUAACAUAAACGAAACUGUAAGCAAUAUAAUUGUAAUUAUUCCUAGAUUUAAGCUUAGUAAGGGAAUAUCCCACUACCAAGUCUUUACUAAUUAAGUUGUUAAUACUAUGCGCCUGUGCAGGUUUCAAUGAAUUUUGAUUACUAUUCAGCAGCCAUUAUAAAUUAACUCUGUUACUUGCUUCGCAUAACGAAAAUUAAGGAAUAUUGGUCUACAAUUUGAAAUGGCUAUCUCUGUGUUAUUCAGCGACUGUACACCGACGUCCUAGGUACUUAGUGUGAUAAACUAUAGCAUCAAAAGAUAACGACUUAGCUACAUGGACUUGGAUUAACGGAAUGAAGUUAAGUAAUUUUUUGGAAAAGAGUGAUUUCUAUGUAUAAAAAUGUGUAUAUUUUACCCGACUGUGAAAGCGGAAGGGGUUGUGUUUUAGGCAUAAUUUUAAGAAUUUAGUGAAUAACCUGGCUUAUUUUAAGUAUUUAGUUUAUUCUGAUAAGUCAUACCAAUUGACUUGCAAGUAAGUUUUCGUAUAGCGUAUUACUUUAAAAUCUACUGCCUUUUAUGCCUGUUCUCAAUAUUUUUUUAUUUAAAAAUAUAAUUUUUAUGAUAAA